AUGCUCCCUCCUUCGACGGAGCCUCUUGAAGAGAAUUGCUUCGAUAGGGAACCCUUGCCGGAGAACUAUGUCUUCGUGCCAAAGGGCGAUGUUUAUAUUACGCGACACUGUCGAACUCAGACCAAAGAGUCUCAUCGGGUUGUCUAUGUUGUCUAUAACAAAGCGGGAAAACGAAAUAUUGGUCUCCGCGUACCGAAAGAUGUGUACGCUGCUGUUCUCAAAUCUGCCGCCGCGACUGCCGAUUCGCGUGCUCAUGCUGUCAAAACACGAGACGAAAAGGACCUGUCGCGAGCUCGGCAAAUUUUGCGCAACAAGUUUCCACUCAUGCCAGCUGAGUCCCUGGAGACUAUUGUUGAUCACGCUUUCCUGAAGCGCUCUGGACGAGUAGGGAGGACUACAAUGAAAACAGACGAACAAAAGGCCAAUCUGGCUGUCGAAGCACAUAUCAGGCACACUCAUACGCCUUACGACUCCCUUCUCGAUGCGGGAAAAGAACGGCGUGAAGCCAGAGAAGCGGUUUGGGAUAUGGUGCAAGCAAUCAAAACUGCCUGGGAGGGUGGGAACACUCAGUCUACAGAUCUUUUGGCCCUGCGCAGUCGUGCUGAUGGUCAAAAAAUGACACACCCUGCUGACGACGUGAUCUGUAUUGACUGA